GUUGGUUGCUAGUGGAGACCUGUGGGUGAAACUCAUCUAGCUUCAGUAACCAGCCCAACUUCAUAGAUUUUAGACAACCAUGUGAAGGGGAUUCCACUGUCAGAAAAGAGGCCAGACCUCUAACACCAUGGUGGACACCCAUUGUCUCAGUGAUGGUGAGUUGCAGAAACAACUUAAGAAGCUCGGAUUUUCACCUGGCCCAAUACUGCCUUCCACCAGAAAAGUCUAUGAAAAAAAGCUAGUGGAAUUGCUGGUUCCACCUCCCUGUGCACCACCUAUGCUGACUGGAUCCAGAAAGUCGGAUGGACCUAAGGACAGCAGUGAUAGUGAAGAGCUUAAUAUCACUCUGAAGGGAAAUCUCAUACUCUCAUCAGAAAAAAGCAAGGAUUCCAAAAAAAACCCAGUCCUUGAAAUUCAAGAGCAACAGGAAGACAUGGUGAAACAAGAGUCUGGUUAUAAUAAUUUCAAGAUGUUGAGAAAGAGACCCAGGGCUCCUGCCACGAAAACAAGAGCUCUCGAAGUCUGUUGCGUGUACCAGAAGUGCCCCAAAGGAAAAAGGUGUCCUGCCAGAGCACAGAACCACAGAAUCAAAAGUAGGACCGUCCCCCAAGAGAAGCAGUACAGCCUGGAGGACCUGAGCGGCAUUGGGAGCCAGUUCCCAGUGUGCUUGACACUUGCCAUCCUUGGCAUUUUCUUCAUCGUGGUGUUUGUCUACAUCACCGUGGAAAAGAAGUAACUCUGCGGUUAGGCACUUUAGGAGCAAAGUGACGUACCAAGCAUCAGUAUCCCUGUGCCCGUCCUUCUGCUCCAGGGAGGUACCCGGACUAGACUGAAGGCACCGCCCGUCCGCAACUGCACACAGCUGUACCUGGGCCCAGCCAGGUGGAAGGAGAGAACCAGGCAGCCUUGCCAGACAGUGAUGGUUAGCAAAUCUCCUGAGUAAUGUAAAUCACCAUUAAAUGCACUUCCAUAUAAAGCAGAGUUCCAAACAAAAAAA